AUGUUUCCACAAUCGGGGAAAUCCAUUGUCUUUGACAACUUUCCCGAUCCCACAGACACCUGGGAGAUUAUUGAGACAAUUGGGAAAGGGACCUAUGGCAAAGUUUAUAAGGUGCUCAACAAGAAGAAUGGAAGCAAGGCAGCUGUCAAAAUACUGGAUCCCAUUCAUGAUAUUGACGAGGAGAUUGAAGCCGAGUACAACAUCCUCAAGGCUCUCUCUGAUCAUGCCAACGUUGUCAAGUUCUUUGGGAUGUUCUACAAGAAGGAUGUCAAGAACGGAGACCAGCUCUGGCUUGCUCUGGAGCUCUGCAAUGGCGGCUCCGUGACCGAUUUGGCCAAAGGCCUGCUCAAGCGUGGUGACCGGAUGGAGGAGGCCAUAAUUGCCUACAUCAUCCACGAGGCCCUAAUGGGCCUGCACCACUUACACGUCAAUAAGACCAUCCACCGUGACGUUAAGGGCAACAACAUCCUCCUGACUACACAGGGAGGCGUCAAGCUGGUAGAUUUUGGUGUGUCUGCUCAGCUGACCAACACUCGUCUGCGGAGGAACACGUCAGUGGGGACUCCAUUCUGGAUGGCACCUGAGGUCAUAGCGUGUGAGCAGCAGCUGGACUCCACAUACGAUGCCCGCUGUGAUGUCUGGUCUCUGGGCAUCACCGCCAUCGAGCUGGGAGACGGAGACCCGCCCCUCGCCGACCUCCAUCCAAUGAGAGCGCUUUUCAAAAUCCCCCGGAACCCGCCCCCAACACUACACGAGCCAGAGAUCUGGUCUGCUGACUUUAACGACUUCAUCAGCAAGUGUCUGAUUAAAGACUUUGAGCUGCGUCCGAACGUUCUCGACCUCCUGGACCAUGUCUUCAUCAAGCAGAUCGUGGGACGGGAAAAGGUCCUCCAGAAACAGCUGAUGGAGCUCAUCGACCUCAACCACCAGAUGGGAACCAUCGAGAAGACCAGCUAUCAUGGAAGGCCAGACAAAGAUGCCGAGGGUAACGACAGGCACGAGCGGAUCCACACCAAGAAGAACAGCAGCAUGAAGGGCGCGGCGGGGGCGCACGACUCCGUGGAUGACCUGGCCACCCUCGAGGUGCUGGACGAGAACUCGGUCACAGAGCAGCUGCAGGUGCGCUAUGCUGCAGAGCAGAUCUACACCUACGUGGGGGACAUCCUCAUCGCCGUCAACCCCUUCCGGGACAUGGACAUCUACACACCAGAGCACACAAAGAUGUACAUCGGAGCCAAGCGCACUGCCAACCCCCCGCACAUAUUCGCUGUGGCUGACAUCGCUUACCAGUCCAUGGUGUCCUACAACUCCGACCAGUGCAUCGUGAUCAGUGGGGAGAGCGGCGCAGGGAAGACGGAGAGUGCCCACCUGCUGGUACAGCAGCUCACCGUGCUGGGCAAGGCCAAUAACCGCACACUGCAGGAGAAGAUCAUUCUGGUGAACAAUCUGGUGGAGGCCUUUGGCAAUGCCUGCACCGUCAUCAAUGACAACUCCAGCCGCUUUGGGAAGUACCUGGAGAUGAAGUUCUCCGCUGGCGGGACGGUGGUGGGGGCUCAGAUUUCCGAGUACCUGCUGGAAAAAUCGCGUGUUAUCCACCAGGCCAUCGGCGAGAAGAACUUCCACGUGUUCUACUACAUCUACGCCGGCCUGGCGGAGAGGAAGAAGCUUGCCCACUACAAGCUCUCCGACAGCAGAACCCCCAAAUAUCUCCACAGUGAGCACAUUAAAUUGGUGCCUGACAUCGUGACCAACGCGUUCUACAAGGAGCAGUUUGAGGCCGUGGAGCAGUGCUUCAAAGUCAUCGGGUUCACUCUGGAGGAGCUAGGCAGCGUGUACAGCAUCCUGGCGGCCAUCUUGAAUGCAGGUGACAUUGAGUUUGCUUCAGUGGCUUCGGAGCACCAGACAGACAAGAGCAACAUCUCUAACACCACUGUGCUGGAGAACACCUCGUCGCUGCUCCGCAUCAGUGCAGACGAGCUGCAGGAGGCGCUGACGUCCCACUGCGUGGUGACGCGCGGCGAGACCAUCGUGCGCUCCAACACCGUGGAGAAGGCGGCCGAGGUGCGCGACACCAUGGGCAAGGCCCUCUACGGACGCCUCUUCAGCUGGAUCGUCAACCGCAUCAACUCCCUACUGCGGCCCGACAGCCAGCCGGGGGAGGAAGACAAAGGGCUGAACAUUGGGAUCCUGGACAUCUUUGGCUUUGAGAAUUUUAAGAAGAACUCCUUCGAGCAGCUUUGCAUUAACAUCGCCAACGAGCAGAUUCAGUUCUACUUCAAUCAGCAUAUAUUCGCCUGGGAGCAGGACGAGUACCUGAAUGAGGCGGUGGACGCGCGAGUGAUCGAGUACGAGGACAACCGGCCGCUGCUGGACCUGUUCCUGCAGAAGCCCAUGGGCAUGCUGUCCCUGCUGGACGAGGAGAGCCGCUUCCCCCGCGCCACUGACCAGACCCUCGUGGAAAAGUUUGAAGGCAAUCUGAAGUCCAAGAACUUCUGGAGGCCAAAGCGGGUAGAUCUAGGCUUUGGCAUCCACCACUAUGCUGGCAAGGUGGUCUACAACGCAGGGGGGUUCCUGGCCAAGAACAGAGACGCCCUUCCUGCCGACAUCGUCCUGCUGCUGAGGUCAUCGGAAAAUGACCUCAUCCGAAAGCUGGUCACUCAUCCGCUCACUAAAACAGGUAACCUGGCGCACACCAAGGGCAAAGCGAUGGGCACCCUGCGAACUCAUCGCACCCCUCAGCGCACCAUCAACAUGGCCAAGAUGGGAAUGCUUUCUUUUUUCAGUUUUUCCACCAGCGAGGGGGAUGGUGCCGAUGCUUCUCAUCACCCCAGAGAGACGACCAACAUGAGGACACAAACAGUGGCCUCGUACUUCAGAUACUCCUUAAUGGACCUGCUGUCUAAGAUGGUGGCUGGUCAGCCACAUUUCGUGCGCUGCAUCAAGCCCAACACUGACCGGCAGGCCGGCAAGUUUGAUCGGGACAAAGUUCUUGUGCAGCUGCGCUACACUGGAAUCCUGGAGACGGCCAAGAUACGCCGGCAGGGCUACUCCCACAGGAUCGCCUUCGUCAACUUCGUCCAGAGGUACUACAUCUUGGCCUUCCGAGCCAAUGAAGAGCCACCUGCAACUCCAGAGACGUGUGCAGCCAUCUUGGAGAAAGCCAAACUGGAGAACUGGGUCCUGGGCAAAACAAAGGUGUUCCUGAAAUACUACCACGUGGAGCAGCUGAACCUGAUGAUGCGUCUGACCACCGAGCGCAUCGUGCUGGUGCAGGCGUGUGUGCGAGGCUGGCUGGGAGCCAAGCGCUACAAGAACGUCCUGAAGCAGCGGCAACAGAGCGCUGUGGUCCUGCAGUCAGCAUACAGAGGGCAAAAAACCCGGAAAAAGGUUGCUGAUGACAAAAGCAAAGCCAAAUAUGAAGCCAGCAUUAUUCGUUUGCAAGCAAUCUGCCGAGGUUAUCUUGCCAGAAAGAUGCGUAAGGAAUUACUGGACGAGAAGAACAAAGCUGCUGCCAAAAUCCAAGCUCACUACAGGGGCCACAGAGAGAGGAGGAGCUAUAAAAAGAGGAAAGAAGCCAUGGAGCAGGAGAAGGCCCUGGAGGACGACAUCACUCCGACACCAACCCCUGUACUAACGGAAGACGAGGAGACGCCGACGCAAACCCCUGUCCCUACGGAAGAGGAGAUGACCCUCGCAGAAGAGGCUGCGAUGGCAGGAGGUUCAGGCCAGGCCUCUGGAGCCGGACAGGCUGAGAGCGAACCGACGGAAGAUGACGAAGCCAAGGCUGCCGUCGUCCUCCAGAGUAACUUCAGGGGCCACAAAGAGAGGAAGAAGUACCGGGAGCGUAAGAAGACGCUGGCCGGGGAACAGCUGGCCAUGCCCCCGCCUCCUCCUCCGCCCACAGACGACUAUGAGCCAGAGCUCGCUGCCAUGGUAGAGGAAGAGGAACCGGUUGAGCAAGCGGAGGCAGCUGGGGAGAACGAGGGUGCCGAGGGAGAGGCAGACCCUGAACAGGAAGCCAAGGCCGCCACGGUCCUCCAGAGCAACUUCCGCGGUCACAAAGAACGCCAGCGUCUGGAGAAGGAAGGGAAGCUUCCGGCGAAAGGGAAGGGAGGCUCGCCCGUCAGCGUGCCGCAGUGUGUUGUUGUCGAGGAGUUUGAUGAGCCAUUUCCCGAGCCUCCUCCAGCAGAAGCAGUAGAGGUGCUGGAGGCUAGUGAGAAGGUCGCUGUGGAGCAGGAGGACACGAGGACGCAAGGAGACGCAGCAGGGGUGCAAGGGGAGGACGCUGGGGGGAGCGGGGAAGGGGAUGAGGAGAAGGCUGCCGUAGUUCUGCAGAGCAACUUCAGGGGCCACAAGGAGCGCAAGAAGCUGCAAGAGGAAGGGAAGAUCCCCAAGAGGAAGGAGGCAGCAUGUGAGCCUCCAGCUGCAACACCCUCGUCCCAACCUCCUGAACCAAAAACGGAGUCAGAGCUUGAGCAGGAGCCUUGUUCAAGCCCGCCAGACAUGGAGGAGGAGAAAGCGGCUACUGUCCUCCAGAGCAAUUUCCGGGGUCACAGAGAGAGGAAGAAGCUCAAGGAGAAGAGCACAGAAGCACACAAUGAAAAGGGAUGUGAAACAAACAUGGUGGAGGAGAUGAGUUCUACAGAAGAAGAGAAGGCCGAAGAGGAAGUUCUGGAGAUCUCCGACAUUCAGGUGGAGCACAAGGCACACACAUCACAGCAGAGUGAGCUCGAUGAGGAGCAGCAGGCCGCUGUGAAGAUCCAGAGCAACUUUAGGGGCAACAAGGACAGGAAGAACCUGAAGGCUACUGGCCAGCGAGAGGCAGAGGAACUGGAGAACUUCUCCAAGCAGGUCUCCCAGUCAUCGCAGGAGUGCUUUACCGUGCAGAUGAAGCUGAAUGAGAUCAUCCUUGCCCACCAGAUGGACCCCGGCAGCAAUGGCAUGUUCAUGAAGGGAAAAGCUGUCAAUGGCUUCACUCAUCAACACUCAGUUGACACAAAGCAGACGCGUACUCCCCGGCGAACGCAGAAACCAAAGACGCUCAACACGCCGGAAGAUUCCACAUACUACACCCUCAUUCAUAGAUCAGUCCAAGACGACAGGCGAAGGCCUAGGAAGCAAUGUGGAGGGAAGCUGCCGGACAUGGAUGACCAGUAUUACCAGGGCCUGUCUCCAGCCAAGUCCACGGGCGCCCUGUCCAGCGAGUCCCAGCUGUCCGUCGGCCGACGCACCUCCCUGGACCGGAGCAAACCCCCUGAGAGGCCCCUCUCUGAGCCCCCGCCGCCAACGCUGCCCAAACAGAAGAGGCCCUCCCUUCCAAGAAUGCCCUCGACAGAGAGUGAAAAAGAAGACAACCCUUACGACUUCAGGAAGCUGCUGCGGAAGACCUCUCAAAGACGAAGACUGAUCAAGCAGUACUGA